GCCAGCCGCUAACUUCCUCCCAGCCCCAAGCUACAAACUAUAAACUUUACAUCGGUCACCAUGGGAUGAUAAACAUUUCCAUAUUCUAAAGAGGCCGGAUUAAAAAAUACAACAAUCUUGCUUCAGUAUCAUGGAGCAGGACCCGGAAAUGAAGGCUGGUCCUUUCGACCUGAAUCGACGUGAGCAUAGCAGGAAUAGCUCUGGAAUUCGCCGGUCUGUGAGAAAUGCUGUUGUAGUGACUCUUUUGGUCACCUCUUUAUUAUUGUUUUAUGAUAUGAUAUUUGGUGGAUCUACACGAAAGGACUUUUGGACAUGGACAGAUGGGAGUUAUGGAAGCAACGGACCUGAGCAGGAUGAUAGUUCGAAGGGAAGCCGGUACUUACUGGGAGUCGGGAAAGCAGAUAUCACCGGGUAAAAGUUACAACUGAGGACUAUGAGGCCAUACUAAUACUCAUUAGUCCAGUCGUGGAGAUCAACAUGAUGGGGUAUGCAGAUCCCAAGCAAUUAGGAUCCGGAUUACGGCAACGUCUCUAUUCUCGAGCGUUCAUCGUAGGCGAUAUCAAUCGUCCGGAGGAUCGUUUCGUCUAUCUCGUUUUGGAUACACAAUCCGGCGAUACUGCCGUUAGGUAUGGGAUACUGGAAGGUCUGGCAAAAUUCGGUAGCGACUAUGCGGUGUAUGGCCAACAGAAUGUAGCUGUGACAGGCACGCAUUCUCAUUCGGGUCCUGGGGCGUGGCUAAACUAUCUAUUGCCUCAGAUUACUAGCAAAGGGUUCAGUAAACAAAGUUAUCAGGCUAUAGUAGAUGGUGCUGUUUUGUCUAUUCAAAGAGCUCAUACUAGUCUUCAACCUGGAUACCUUAAUAUCGGUACGACGAAAGUCUUUGGGGCCAAUAUCAAUCGGAGUUUAUACGCCUAUUUGGCGAAUCCGGAGAAUGAACGAGCUAGGUACAAUACUAGUACCGAGGACGACGGAUCUGUCGAGAAAGACCUUACUCUGUUGAAAUUCUCACGAGCUUCGGAUGGGAAAAAUAUUGGGGUUUUAACAUGGUUCCCCACACAUGGAACUUCGAUGCUAGGGAACAAUACUCUGAUUUCGGGAGACAACAAAGGUGUCGCUGCAGAUCUUUUCGAGAAAAGUGUAAGUCGGGAAGCAAGUGCAGCUGGAAGUUUUGUGGCCGGAUUUUCACAAGCUAAUGUUGGCGACACAAGCCCGAAUGUUCUUGGUGCUUGGUGUGAAGAUGGAUCUGGGCAGCAAUGCAGCUUCGAAAACAGCACCUGUAGUGAUGGUAGGAGCCAGUAUUGCCAUGCCCGUGGGCCGUUCUUCCGCAUAAAAGAUAAUGGAGCAUCAUCUUGUCACGAAGUUGGCAGGAGGCAGUUCCAGGCUGCCAAAGAAUUGUAUGACGAGACGGAUACAAAGCUGACUCCUAUUUCCGGAUCAUCGGUGAAAUCAUUUCAUACAUUUCAAGACAUGUCCAACUUUUCCUUUCCAUUGGCAAACGGGAGCUACGUUCAUACGUGUCCGGCUGCUUUAGGUUAUUCCUUCGCGGCCGGAACCUCAGAUGGACCAGGUGCGUUUGACUUUACUCAAAAUGACCCGAAUGCACCAAAUGCUUCGCCCGUAUGGCGAGUCGUCUCCGGUUUUCUCAAGGCACCAAGCGAGCAGCAGCAGCGUUGCCAUUACCCCAAGCCCAUUUUACUUGAUGUUGGCGAGAUCACGACGCCUUAUUUGUGGACACCUAAUGUCGUUGACGUGCAAGUGCUUCGGGUUGGACAAUUACUUAUAAUUGUCAGUCCUGGCGAGGCAACCACAAUGUCCGGUCGUCGCUGGAAAGAAGCUAUUCACGACUCCGCUACAUCGACCAUACUUUCCGACUCUUCCUCCCCAGAUCCCGUAGUUCUCAUCGCUGGUCCAGCAAAUAGCUAUACACAUUACAUCGCCACACCUGAGGAAUAUGGCAUCCAGCGCUAUGAAGGCGCCUCCACUCUCUACGGUCCCUAUACUCUUAACGCCUACAUUAACCUCACCCUCACCAAUCUUCUGUACCUAAGUCCAACCUCAAACUCACAGCCUCCUCCAGGCCCUCUUCCUCCAAACAAUGUCAACAACUCCCUGUCCUUCAUAACUGGCGUCGUCUACGACGGCCACCCGCUUUUUAGUUCCUACGGCGAUGUAAAAACCGACGUUCUCCACACAUAUCCCCUUUCCUCCUCCCCAAUCAUAACCGCCACUUUUAUCGGUGCCAACCCACGCAAUAAUCUACAUCUCGAAUCCACAUAUGCAGCCAUUGAGAUGCAGAUCCCAGGCACGGAUCAAUGGCAGCGGGUACGCGAUGAUAGUGAUUGGAGUUUGAUUUUUGAGUGGAAGAAAAUUAGCGAGAUAUUGGGGACUAGUGAGGUUACCAUUACGUGGGAGGUGGAGGGGUGGGCGCAAGAUGGAAGAUAUAGGAUAAGAUAUUUUGGGGAUUCAAGGGCGGUGGAUGGGACAAUUACGCCAUUUGACGGAGUUAGUGGGGAGUUUGAACUUGUGAGAUAAUGCUUUCAUAGUCUUUUUCGGUGUAUUACAAGUUGGGAAUGUUAUGGUUGUUGGUUACGGAUUCGGGCAGCGGCACAUCACUGGAAGUAGGAUAACGAUUAGGACUAAACAGUAUCACAACGGUUGGACGAUCGGUUUCAAUGGACGAAUUUAUU